UGACAACCAGUUCUGCGUGGUCGAGCUGCUACAACGUCCGCAGGGCUUUUUAGCGCCCACACUCUUGUUGACGGAUUUUGUUCCCAAGCAGCGAAAGAUACCACCUCACUAAAGCAGCUUUAAAUAUCCACCGUUACUUUCAGUUUCCACAGAAGAAGCAUCUGGCUCCAAACACAAAUGAUUCAGUCAGUCUACAGAUUUGUAACCUCCGUUAACAUCUGAAGCUGCAGUCUUCAAUAUUUCAGUCACCCGAAAGCCCUGGCCGAGGACAGAUAGUUGUGCAGAUUGAGAGAAGGUACCUUCUGCAACAGUGAGCUACCACACACUGACAGGACAUCACUACCAUGCCAGCCACUGAGACUCUAGGAAGGAGGUCUGCUAUUCCUUUUCUUUUUACAAGAGGAACUCACUAUGAAGUUGGUUUUGAUGUGGGUCGUACAUUUAGUGGACUCAUACACAGUUAUUUGGAUACAUCAGAUGAACUGAAUAAAGUGUUUCUCCCAAUUUACCAAACUCCUGAAGGCAAGAAAAUUUAUGAUGAAACACUGGCCUCAGUUCGUGAGAACUUUCCUCAGUAUGUGAGAGAAAUUGAAGGAACAGCUGAUGGAGCAAAGGUGCCAUUUCAUAAACUCUUUCUCCUUAAUAUGGAUGACGUACUACCAACUGUUGCUGGAUACAAGUCAACAGAUAAUUCUGAAACAGGAUGUUCUACAGUUUGCUGCAAUCAACCUGGUCAGGAAGUUCUUGGACAUACUGAGGAUGUUCUGGCAGAUGUAAUGAAUCAUAUUUACUUUGUAUCAGCACACAUAAUUUCUGAUUCACCACAAGGUCGUUGGAAAAUUACUGAGGAGCAUUUCACAUCUCUCUGCUAUGCAGGACAUUUGCCUGGUUUCACCAUGAGCUACAAUCACCAUGGCCUUGUCUUUAGUGUAAAUAUUAUCAGUGCUAAAAACUGUGUGUCUGGAAAAACACCUCGCUACUUCAUAACACGUGCACUGCUCGCAGCUGAAAAUUUUGUACAAGCACAACAAAUCUUACGAGAUAGUGGCUGUGGUGCAGCAAAUGCUGUGAGCAUCAAUAUGACAUUUUUAAACCAAGAAGGGGAUCGUCUGUUCCACAAUGCUGAAGUAGGACCUGCUGCCAAUGGAGCCACGGAGAGUGCCCUGAGUGUUCUCACUGCUAGUCCUGGAGAGCAUAUAUAUCACUGUAACAAGUUUCUCAGGCUUAAAAUACCUGAAACAGGAGGUAGGAUUAUAGCCAGCAGUGAGCAGCGCCUUUCAACUCUCAACAAUUAUCCUGAUCCAUUAAAUAAGGAUGAUGUAGCAAGAAUGUUGGGUGACAUUUCACACCCAGAAUACAACGUGUUUCAAGACUUGCCAGGAGCACAAGUCAAAACAGUAGCUGUCGGUAUAUUUGAUUGCGUUGGAAGAACAUGGAGCAUAUAUGCUGACAAUCCAACAAAAAGUAAUCCAGUUGUUGUGCUUCCACUGUUUUUGAAAUCUACAACAAAAUAGUUCAAGAGAAAUGGAGGGAACAUCUAUCAUCAUGUAAUCACCAGAUCACAUCGAUGAGCAUCUGAGUUACCUUCGUUUGAAAAUAAUAUGUUCCUUGUGCACAGUGUAAAUGUUAACCAUUAUGUGAAUAUAAUUUUAAAGUAAAAGCAUUAAUAUCUUCAAGCACUUGCAUAUUAGUAAUGAAUGAGGAAAAUUAGAUGAUGGAUUUCAUCUGCAGAAGAUUUUGCAUCUCUAAUUAUUUAAAUUUUCUGUAACUGACGACCACACAUACCAAACCUCCUAUGUGCAUCCACUAUUUAUAUUUUUGUGUCACUAAGAGAAUAACAUUUUUUACCACUAUAAAUGAUGAAAUUUUUUAAGGUUUCAUACAAUGCAGCUUCAACAGAAUUUUGGAACUCCAGUAUUAAUAUAAAGAUGUAUUUUUAUUGUAUUCACUGUAUGCCAAAAACUAAUUUACUUAGAAGAUUACCACAGAUUAAUUACUAUCAUACAAUGCAGAAUAAACAUUACAUCCUUUUUAU